UGUUUCCCCGACGGCCUCGGGGAGGGGGACUGCAGAGCGACUGAGCCCAGGGCUGCGCAGUCGGACAGCGACGGAUUUGCGGCUUGCAGCGCCCAGCGGAAAGCAAAGCCAGCAGCGCGUCUCCUAGGACUCACUCUGAGGAGCCACUCCAGAAAACGCUGCUCUGGUCCCAGCCCGGCGUCAGACAGGGAGCUCCAGGACUGGCAGGAUGGGGUCAGCCUGUGUCAAAGUCACCAAGUACUUUCUCUUCCUCUUCAACUUGCUCUUCUUUAUCCUGGGCGCCGUGAUCCUGGGUUUCGGGGUGUGGAUCCUGGCCGACAGGAGCAGUUUCAUCUCUGUGCUGCAGACCUCCUCCAGCUCGCUCAAGGUGGGGGCCUCUGUCUUCAUCGGCGUGGGGGCUGUCACCAUGUUCAUGGGCUUCCUGGGCUGCAUCGGUGCCAUCAAGGAGGUCCGCUGCCUGCUGGGGCUGUACUUUGUCUUCCUCCUCCUGAUCCUCAUCGUUCAGGUGGCGGCCGGAGUCGUCUUCUACUUCAACAUGGGCAAGCUAAAGGAGGAAAUGGGCAACAUCGUGACCAAGCUCAUUGAGGACUACAAAGAUGGCCAGGAGGACAGGCUGCAGGACGCCUGGGACUACGUGCAGGCGCAGGUGAGGUGCUGCGGCUGGGCCAGCUUCUACAACUGGACGGACAACGCGGAGCUCAUGAACCGCACCCGCGUCACCUACCCCUGCUCCUGCGAGGACGAGGAGGACCGCGGCGACCUGGUGAAGAAGGGCUUCUGCGAGGCCCCCGGUGGCAACUCCACCGACGGCGGGAACAACCCCGAGCUCUGGCCCGUGUACCGCGAGGGCUGCAUGGAGAAGGUGCAGGUGUGGCUGCAGGAGAACAUGGGCAUCAUCCUGGGCGUGUGUGUGGGCGUGGCCGUCAUUGAGCUCCUCGGGAUGCUCCUGUCCAUCUGCUUGUGCCGGCACAUCCACUCCGAAGACUACAGCAAGGUGCCCAAGUACUGAGGCGGCCGCCGGGCCUCCCGCCUCUCCUCCGGGCUCACCUGCCCCCUCGCUCCCCCGGCACGUCCCGUGCUGGCUGGACGCGGGGCGCCCUCCGGGACCCCUCUGCCUACCUUUCUGCCUCCAGACUGGAGCCCGGGUGUCCUGCGGCUCCUCGGCUGACCGCCAGGGUUCUCUUAGCGAUGCAGAGAAAACGCCCCGCCGCAUCCCUGCGCAGGCCACCGGGUCUCUACCUGCCUUGGGCGCUGUGUCUGUCGGCCGGGGCCGUGUAUUAAAAAUUGAGGGUCGGGGGUGGGGGGUGGAUAAGGCACCUGGGCUGCCAGGGGAUGCCCACUGCGUGGGUAAACUUUUUCUUUCCACGACAAUGCUUCUGUCCUUGGUUUUCACGUUUUCGCUGAAGGUAGGGGGAGAGGGGGGGCUUUCCCUGACACUGGGGGCAGCUGCCCUUCCCCAGGCCGGCCCCACCCCCACCCCCACCCAGGCCGUAGCCACGGGAGUGUGGAUGCGCCCGGGCUGCUGAGGGAACCACAGGGGCGAAAGGCCUGGCAUGACACAGAGCUGCCCCUGCAUUCGCGGGGACCCCCGACUGUCCAGGGAAGGAGGGAGGGAGGAGACGCCGGGCUGGCCUGUCCUCGGCACCCCCUCCCCGGGAAUGGGAGGGUGAGGCUGUGCCUUGUAAGGGAGUGGGGAGGGGCCCUGUGCAUAGCUCUGUAAAACGUGUUCGAGAUUUGACAACUAACUAUUAAAGAGGAUUUGUAACAA